UGCUGGGCAUGCUGGCUCCAUGGGACAUGAGACUUCACUCCGUCCUCCGAGUAUUCUCUGUUCUGGCUCAUCAGUCAGAUUUGUUCUGCUACAACCUAGUCAGAUUUCAGAUUUGAUAGCGAUGCACGGCUUGUUUUAGAAGAGAAUUAACAAUACUCAAGCUCGACAAUACAGUCCCGCAUUUCUGAAUAUCAUUCGCCUCGAAUGUACGUCUCGAAAAGAGUGGAAAGGAGAUAAAACCGAGGCAGCAUGACCGACGCUGGCCAAUGUAAAGUCAAUCAGAGUUAUCGCUUUAAAUGGAACAACCAUCAGAAUCAUCUGUCCGACGUCGUGCGGCAGCUCUUGAAGGAGGACUGCAUGGUGGAUGUCACUCUGUCCGCAGCCGGUCAACGUAUUCACGCGCAUCGCAUUGUACUGUGCGCGUGUAGCAUUUUGUUUCAAGAAGUGCUCAGCCAAGUGACAGAAGAUUGUCCAACGAUUAUUCUAAGUGAUAUAUCACCUCAGGAUAUAAAAUCAAUUAUCGAAUUCAUGUAUCACGGUGAGAUCCGUGUUCCCGUUGAAAAUAUCAAUAGUUUACUUGAAGCUGGACGAUCGUUAAAAAUAAACGGUCUCAUCAACAUAAAUGGAAUUGGAGAGAACGUAAUUGUUAAAAACAGAAAGGAUUCUGCGGAAGAGACUGCGACAGAGGUAGAAAAAAUUGGAGACAAUGCUGAAUCCUUGGAGAAUGAGUCGCCCGAAGCGAGCACUACCGAAAAUUGUAUAUCAAAUAAAAAGAAGAAACGUCGCCGCGAGACUGUGAAGAAAGAUUACAACGACGACAUGUUGGCGUCUGCGAUUAAUGACUUGAAAUUAGGACAGACUUUAAUAGAGGCUGCUACUAAGCACAAUAUACCACGUUCAACGUUGUAUAUGCGGGCGAAAGCAUUAGGCAUACAUCUAAACGCAUCAAGAAACGGAUAUCCCGCAGAGUGCAUGAAUGCAGCUAUAAAUGCCGUGAUCAAUGGCUCGAGCUUGCAGCAUGCGUCAGAAAUAUUUAGAAUACCUAAAACCGUGUUAUGGAGGCGUAUACAAAAGGAAGGCUAUCAGACCCUACGUCCUGAAAUGAAGAGGUCGUAUGGUUUGGACACGAGACAGGCCGCUGUUAAAGCUUUAGAAAGAGGGGAAAAUUUGACGAAAGUGGCUCUGCAAUUUAAAAUACCAAAGACUACAUUGUUUAGAGAAAAGGCACGGCUGGUAGAUCAAGGUAAAUUGCCGUUAUCGUUUUGGAAGAAACGCAAAUCUGAGAACGAGGAACUAAAGAAGUCGCGAUUGGAAGAGGCUGUGGCUGCUUGCAAGGGUGGCAGAAUGUCGCAAGCCGCGGCAUCCAUGACGUAUCGCAUUCCAAAAACUACGAUAUGGCGAAGGCUUCAACAGGAAGGGAAGAAGGUGGAAAGAUCGUCGAAUGCGAAGAAGAAACAACGAUUGCCCGAU